AUGGCACACCGCGGCAACGACAUCUCAGCCUGGGACCCAACCCCCUUCACCCACGCACCAAAUGCAAACGUCUCCAAUGCCCAAACAAUGACAUCGCCCGAAGCCGUCGCGGCAAGAGAAAAAGCAGCAGCCGUCAUGGCAGCACUCAAAAAGGGAGAACAAGGUGAUGCAGAUAGAUUGAUGGGAAAGCAGGAACGAUAUGAUAGUUUGGUGCCUGGUAUGGCUAAACUCAAGAACAAGUUUUUGGGAGGCAACAAGAAAGAAGGGAAUCAGGUCUAA